CAAGCCCGGAGCCCGCCAUUCCUCCCCCGGGUGUCGCGGGGAGCGGACGUGCGUUGCGUACCGAACCGGUUUCCGGGUUAUACAUCGCUUACACAUUUUUCACUUACGUUCGAAGUUUUCGAGUGCUAUUGUUUGUGUUCCCGGAUAUUUGUAAAAUAUUUCAUACACUAGUAUCCAGUAUCAAGAUUAUUCCAGUCCGUAACUUCAACACAAUGCUACGUUACUGGAUCUGUUUGGCGAGCGCGGUGUACUUAGCGGGACAGUGCUGCGCCAACUCCUGCCGUGAUGCCAACCUCUGCUGCCCGGGGAGGGACAGCUCCUGUGUCGUGCAAAAAGCGCACCAGAACGCCAUCAUCGAUGACGUCAGCGAUAAGCCCUGCUACUGCGACCACGCUUGCUUGAAGCUUGGAGACUGCUGUCCCGAUUUUAGGGAGACUUGUGGAGUGACGGAUUGCGUGAUAUCAGAGUGGGGCCCGUGGUCGGAGUGCGACACGGGCUGCGGAUCUGGUAGUAUGCAGAGGACGCGGCGCGUGCUGCAGGCGGCGGCGCGCGGCGGCCGGCACUGCCCGGAGCUGCAGCAGCGCCGUGCCUGCCAGGCGCACCAUGAUUGUGCACCAGACAGCGAUAUACCGCUUAGAGAGGAGUCAGCGAUGAUCCUGCCAGGCUCGUUGUCCGUCAGCCGGCACUCUAACGACACCGUCGAUAUACGCAAGAACCUGCGCCUGCGCAACCCUGACGACCCCGAAUCCAACUCGCACAGGGAAUACUGCGUGCAGUUUGAAGUGUUGAAAGUGUCGAAGGCGUGUCACCUCGACUCCGAGUACAAGUCGCUGCGCGAGGGUGGUACAGUCUGCGUGAUGUGUGAAACGGCAGCGCUACGACGGGACCUGAAGUGGCGGUGCGCUGGCCAUGGCGUAGCGGGCCACGCUACAAGGUUCUACGCGCUCGUAGCGCCCCAUUGCCACGGCAAGUGGCUUAGGACCAAACAGGACCUCGACAAGAGGGGUGACUGCUGCUCCAACCCUGACUUCAUAUUCGUUUAAGAAUAAUAAUAGAAAAUAGAUCAUAAAAUACGUUGUUGAUUCGGAAUGUAAAAAGUUUCUCUAAAAAAAAAGUUUAAGAAACGAAAAUAAGUUGCACAGUAAAUUUAAUUAAAGUAGUGUUCUAUUAAAUAUUCCGAUGUUAUUAUAAUUUUAUUUAUUUGGCACAAUAACGUAAUAUGUUGAAUCGUCACGAAAUGUAUUUGAAAAAUGUAAGUGUAAUAAAAAUGUAAAUCUAAGUUUUUAGUAGUUAGACUACACUAAUUUUGAAAAGUCGACAUUUUUAAUAAUAUCCCCAUUAUUUUGUAUUUAACCAUUCCUAUAAAAGAGAUAGUUCUUAAACGCAACCAUCAGCCUGGUUUGUUAAAAAGGUAUUUAAAAGAUUUAGGGGCUGUCCCACCACUGGUUGAUAGGGGCUCAGAUUAGAGAACAAAAUUCGAUAUUUCCAUCACAUAUUUUUCACGUUGGAUUAUUAUCAGACAAUUUACAAUGAAGUGGGACAGAUCCUAAGUGUUUGUUAAUCACAAUUAAUUUUAAGAGUUCCAUAAAUAAAUGUACUUGAAAUUAAUAUUAGUAAUAAAUUAAUUUGUUACAAUUGAAAAAUAUUGUAUGACUCUCAAAUAACAUAUCCAAUGUAACUUGUGUAAAUAAAAAUACUUAUCAUAA